AUGGCGUCAGAAGCCGCUCAUCUCCCGUCGCUAGUGCCCAAGUCGUCCAAGGGCCCCAAUGUCCCUCGUGAGGAUACUGCACGGCGGAAGUCCGCCUCCAAGAGUCGCAAUGGCAUGUUCGUGUUCGUUUCUCAGCUGCGGUCUUGUGCGAUUGUGGGCCGCAAGAACAGCGCCACGCCGUUGGUUUCCGCUGUCAAGCCCUGCAUGCUGUACCCUGCAGCUGCAGAUGCGUCACGUGUAAAGCAAGAAGAGCGCGUAACUUGCGGAGGGUACAAGAAAGACAUCCGCUUCCGACCCGUGGAGAGAGCUCCAGCCCCUACAGCAAUAUCACCACCUACCUCAGCCCCGACGGGAAAAAGAGAAGCGUCCGGGACGGAGAAUACUGCUCGCUUUGGUGAGGAUCAAUCUGGAGACGAUGAUCCUACGCGUGCUUCCGGAGACACUGGGCCUUUGUCUUUCUGGCCUUGGGUCGAAGAGGAUGUGUCCAACAUCCCUUUGCCCGACUUUGACCUGAGUACAUUGCCAUGGAUGGAUUUCUCGCAUUUGGACUUUCCAUCUGCUACUGACGGGAAUGAGACAUUGGAACAAAUCAUGGAAGAGGUCAGCACAGAUAAUGGGCAUGGCCCAGAAGAGUCACUCGGGAGCGCGGAUAACGUCAAUCCUGAUUCUUUUCUGCGUUCGCCGGAUUCACCAUCGUUAGACGUCCCAAACUUUCCUUUCUUUCAGAACAUUGAGAUCGAAGCGGACGACAGGGAAGAGGUGGAGUCUCUUUUUCACCAGGAAUGUCUUACUGUACUCUCGAUAUGGGAAGACCGAGACAGGAAUCCUUGGCGUACUAUGAUAUGGCCCAUGACACAAGAAUCAAAAGCCCUCUAUCACGCUGUAGCUGCAAUGACAUUUCUGAUGCAGAGCAAGUAUACGCCUAACGCCCGCGACAAGGGUCUUAUACAUGCGCGCAAAAGCACACAGCAACUUGCAGCAGAUUUAAGCAAUGGGGAGAUCCAGAUAGAUACCGCGCUUGCUGCGACCAUAGCGCUGGGGUUUGCUGAAGCGUGGGACUUUCAGAAAUCCUCGACGGGGAGGACGCAUAUUCAAGGCGCAAGGAUCCUCCUGCAACAGUCUAUCUCACAACUUCAAUUAUCUCAACCAUCUGACGAUGCAGUUUCAGCUCGCCUCAGGUUUCUCGCGAACACCUGGAUCUAUAUGGAUACUCUAGCUCGUCUCACAUCUGAUUGUGGACCAAGCUUAGAUUCAGAUCUCUUACACUUCUUCACUGACGCAGGCCCGCUAGCAAUUCGAGAGGAGCUUGACCCGCUUAUGGGUUAUGCGGCAUCCCUAUUCCCGAUCAUUGGCCGAGUCGCAGACCUCAUCGCCACAAUUCGAACACGUAACCAGCGACGAAAUUCCCCGAUCAUCAUAUCAAAAGGCAUAGAGCUCAGGCACGUAAUUGAGGAUUGGUCUCCAGCCAUCGAUCUGGAACAAGUUGACAAGCCCACAUCCAACAUGAUAGAAGCCAUCCAAACAGCUGAAGCGUACAGAUGGGCCACACUUCUGCUACUCCAAGAAGCUGUUCCCGAGCUACCCAGCUUGGUCGCAUACAAAGAGCUAGGCCAGAAAACACUUGUUUAUCUUGCCACCAUACCUAGCAACUCCGCCACAAUCAACGUCCACACAUACCCUCUCAUGGUCGCCGCCACCGAGGCCGUCGAAGAAGAAGACCGAGAAUUUGUCCGCGACCGCUGGAAUAUCAUGCGAAAACGCAUGGUCAACGGUAUUAUCGACCGCUGCGAAGACGUUAUGGAAGAAGUUUGGCGCAGAAGAGAUGCUCAUUUCUCCGAAUGGUUAGCCCGGAAUAGUCCAGAUCCUGCCACAUUCGGCUUCUCACCGUCCAGUGCUAGCGGGAUUGCUGGUCUUAUGGGAGGUUCAAACAAGACUUCGCCAGGAACCUGUCGAGAGAAGGCUAGGUCUCCGACGAGAAGGUCGACUGCGCAUUCGGAUUUCCCAAUCUCGAUUGCCUUCAAAAAAGGUGUGGAUCCGAUCACUAGGAGCGGGAAUGUCGAUUAUACCGUCAAGGGAAAUCUGCAUUGGAUUGAGAUUAUGAAGGAGCGGAAUUGGGAAGUCUUGCUUGGGUGA